AUGACUUGGAAUGUUAUAAAUACUUAGGAAUACACUGAUGAUUAAAUUGCUAGUGGUUAUCUACUGACAGCUGGAAGCAACAAUGAUAAUUCCCAGAAAAUUAGGAAACUCAAUUUAACCUCAUUUAGCUAAUUAAAGAAUAAAACCAUAGCACUGAGUUAAAAUAUGAAUAGAGACUUAUUGAUUGAUCUUUGUUCUGAAGAUGAAAUUGGUAGUAUCGAAAGUCAUACAAAGAAGUUUUACGGAUUAUUUGAUUAAACUAUCCUAUUAGUUUCAAGAGCCAUCGGAAUUGGUUUCAUGUAUUUCCCAAGUUUCUCUAAUUGGCAAAUAUUUAUCACAGCUUAUUACAAUGGAGGAGGGCGUGCUUCAGUUAUUGGUGUGAGUGUCAUAAUUAUUUUCACUUUCUCACUUUACCCUUCAUAGUAUUUUAAACUUAUUGGUUCUGUUGUUGUUGAAUUGAUAUGCAGAAUAAGUAAUCAAAAUCUGCAUCUAGAUUAACCCUACAAUGAAAGUUUGAAUUGCAAAAAGCCUAAUUGGAGAGUUUUAAGUCUUAAUGACAAUUUAUUAAGUCUUUUUCCAAACAUCUGCUUUGCUUUUAGUUUCGAGGGAUUCGUAAUGCCUAUGCACUAACUUUCAGUUAUCAAGGAUCAUAAUGGAGGGAGAGCUUUCAAAGCAUGCCUAUAUUACAUUAUGACUAUAUUGAUGACUGGGAAUAAAAAUGACAAUUUAGCCAACUUACUUUCUAUUAUACUACUUAUUAUGGUACUAACUUAGAGCAUCUUACAGCUUCUUUAUACUUUUUAUGAAAAUAAUCCUAGAUAUUCGAAAGAGAGACUACUAGCAAAUAAAAAAAGAAACUGCUAUAAUCAGCCUUUCCAAGCCCUGUAUCUCUUGUCAAAGAUAGGAAUAGUGUGA